AUGAACUCAGCAUCGCCUAGUUUUUCACCAAAUAAUACACCUUCAACACCAGUUAAUAGCAUACAGCAGGCGGACAUGUUUUCUAUGAUUAUGCAACGUCUAGACUCGAUGGAUAAAAGGCUAAACCAAUUAGACUCCAUACAAUCCAGUGUGAAAAGCAUAACGGUCCGUAUUGACACUUUUGAUCAAAAGGUCACCAAUGUAGAGACCAAAAUCAAGGAAAUUGAGACUAGCCACCAAUUUGAAAGCGAUACAUUGGAGCAAUUAAACAGAAAACAGAAUGAAAACGACUCAUCGCUUACCAAAUUAAGAAAUAUUGAGGCGGGACAGCGAUCACGAGAAGAAGAACUCCAACGAGAAAUUACCGACCUAAAAUGUAGGAGUAUGAGGGAAAAUUUAUUGUUUUUUUACAUUCCCGAAGAAAAGGAUGAAAACUACGAGAGAAAAGUGCUAGAUUUAAUAGAAUCUAAGUUGCAGAUUGAUGAUGCCAAAAUCAACAUCAAACUACAAAGAACGCACAGGGUUGGCGUAUUUAAGGAAUCAAAGAUUCGGCCCAUCGUCGCUAAUUUCAGCAACUUUCCGGACCGAGAGAAAAUGCGCACAUCUGCGAAGCUCCUUAAAGAUUCGCGGUAUGGCAUAGGAGAGCAAUUUCCGGCUGAAGUGGUUGAUAGGCAGAGGAAACUGAUUCCUGUUAUGAAGAAAGCACGAUCAGAGGGCAAAGAAGCUCACCUUAGUGUUGAGAAAUUAUACAUAAAUAAGCAGUUAUAUAAAGAAAGUGCGUAG